AUGAGCCGCACACAGAUCCUCCAUCAAGCCCGUAAUGGUGUCCGCGUCGUGCUGUAUACACUGCUAGGCACAGGCACGACGGCGGCCCUAGGCUUUGGCGGCAUGCAUCUCUUUCUGGAGAAGCAAGAACCCACUCCCUCAUCUUGGCCUGCAAAAGCUCGCUUCGCCUACCGAGCUGCCGUCUUCAAUCAGCGCUUCAUGGACCAGCCUGAGGCUGCGCGGGAAGAUCUACGUAUCGUGCUAGCGCAGCUACAGGAAGCAGGAUCAAGUAAUGAGGCGACUCAGGAAGUCUGCUUGGCCAAUGUAUAUGUCAUGCUUGGUGACACGGCACGCAAACAAGGCAACUUACCUGAAGCACUCGAAGACUACGUCUCAGCUCUAGCUGCUGUACCCGUCAACAAUAAGACCACAGCACUGCGGGCGAGUUGUGCGAGAAAGCUCGGUGAGAUCCAGGAGCGGCUGGGUCAGCAUGCCGAAGCAGCUGUCGCCCUCGAUUUAGCCGUACAAUGCUUCUUUCCUGAGCAUCGACCCGGUAUGCCAAUCAAAGUACAAGCAACAGUUCGGCAUGAGCCAGAGAUGCUAAAUAGUGUCAAGGCGCUUGCUCUGUUGCGUGCAAAGCAAGGCAAACUGAGAGAUGCACUCAACACCCUCAUGUCUGUGCUUCAGUAUGAAGAGGUCCAUCCUCAAAUCACCAUACACUCUUGCCAGACUGCGAGUACCAUGUCCAACAUCUCUGAGCUGGUAUGGGCGCUCGGCAGCACAGUAGAAUGCGAGAAAUGGGCCAAACGGUCGCUCAACAUUUGCCUCGAGCCGCAAAAUAGGCAUGAUGAUUACUGCGGCGAAUGUGCCGCGAAUAAUUACAACACGCUCGGGCUACUGGCGAGACGUGCAGGGAAUAUGCCUCAAGCGCGACAGGAGUUCAGCAAGGCUCUCCUGGCUGCUGAGCGGUCCAAGUACGAGACGGGCCUCUAUGAAUUUGGCGCCAACUUGGAGUCCUGUCAGAAGAUGUAG